AGCGAAAAGGCCAUCGUUUCUUCUCAGAGCCACAGUCUUGGCCAAGGCGGAAUCGUUCCAAUGACAUCACAACUUCCGCCGAAUCUCCUAAAACUCUUUGCGCCGCGGCCUCCUCUCCCGCAUCUGGAACCCCUUGAUCGUUCUCCUGCUCAACGGCGGGGACCGGUCAUCAGCGGUGUUGCUGCUUUUCUCGAAAGAUGUAAGGGAUACGAUGCGGAUUAUGUGCCAACGGAGACUCGAGCAGAGAUUAAGAAGAGGCUGCAACAAGAGAGGGAGCAAAAGGCGAAAGAGGCUAUCCAGAAAGGACUUGAGGUAUGGGAUCCAAGUAAGGAUGACCAUAUCGUGAGCGAUCCGUACAAGACCCUCUUCGUUGCGCGUUUGUCAUAUGAAACGACAGAAAAGGAAUUGAAGCGAGAGUUUGAAGUAUUUGGACCCAUUAAAACGUUACGGAUUGUACAAGAUGAAACAGGAAAAUCACGCGGAUACGCCUUCAUCGAAUACGAACGCGAAAAGGACAUGAAAGCAGCCUACAAGGAAGGAGAUGGAAUGAAGAUUGAUGACAGGCGGGUUCUGGUGGAUGUGGAACGUGGGCGGACUGUCAAGGGAUGGCGGCCACGCCGUCUUGGUGGUGGAUUGGGUGGAACCCGUAUCGGUGGACCCGACGUUAAUCAGCGCCAUAGUGGUCGUGAGGGAGGAUCGUAUGCAUCUGGAGGAUACCAGGGUGUAUAUGGCGGAGACUAUGGCGGACAUGGUGGUUUCCGUGGAUCCAGGGGCGGAGGAGGUUACGGUGAUCGACGAGGCGGCUUUGGUUACGGCGGUGGUGGAAUGGACAGGAGGCGGUUUGGCGGACCUGGAGGACCAGGACCGGGUGGAGGGGGUGGCGGUUAUGGAGACCGACCUGACCGAGGGGAUCGUGAUCGCGGGCGGUACGAUCGUGAACGGGAUCAUGGAGACUAUCGCGGCUCUCGAGGAGGCGAUCGUGACGGCGAACGUCGGUCAUCUCGCGGUGAUUACGAUGACCGUCGCGGGUCGCGAUCUGACCGUGAUAAAGAACGACGCAGAAGCAGAAGCCCACGCCGUGAGCGAGAGAGGAGCCAUGAGCGAACUGAACGCCGGCGUUAAUGUGGCCGUCCACCUUCUCUUUGAUUCAGACGACCUGGCCAGAGAUCUGCUGCUGUUGCAAGCUAGAGGAAUUGAUUGUUCUUAUGGAACAAGUGCUCCCUGUUUCAAUACCGCUUCGUUUUGUCACCUUCUUCUCCUUGACUAGCUCCAAUCUGUGCAUAAUAGAUCUCAGCCUGUAAUGGAUUGGCGAUGAUGUUGUUGUUGGAAAUCCUUCAAAGGGCGUACACCUUACUUUUCUGUUCACGGUAAUGGAAGGUUUGCUGAUUUGCAAGAAUGCACGUCAUGAAGAUUUGCUUGAGAUCCCGAGAAGUGGCGAUUGCGCUCCGCAAUUCAUCCUUAUUCCCAUGACUUUCAAUGCUCAUUUUGUGUGGCAGCGAGUCCUUUGAAAUGCUGUGCAUCAUAAUGUCGUACGUCCGCCGUCCCCGGACAUACUUAGUCGCGCGUGGGUUGCAAAAAUAAACGGCAUGUGCUUAGGUGGGCGACGUGAUUAUUCAUGGGGCUUUUAACGCUCGUUUAAACGCAGCCAAAAAGAAAG